AUGGUUCGUGAGCUGAUGAAACAAGUGGAUAUCAAGUCGAAUGGAAUUAGAGACGCCUCAGUGGCCAUGUAUGGCCGUACAGAUAUCAUGGAGGGAUACUGGAGGUUGUUGUCUGACUGUCAGUACGAUAUCGAAGAAGGGCUCCGUCUCUUGAAAGCUGCGUGUGAUUGGCAUGAUGCUGUUCGUCCUAAAAUGAAAGCAUUGAUUCCCAAAGUAUAUCGUGACCAGCCAGGGUUGUUUAGCCUGCGGCAGAUUGGAUUUGAUGGAGACGGAAAGCCGAUACUGUAUCAUUGCUUUGCGCAGGAUCAUGCAUCACCGGGUGAUUGGACAGUGGAUGGUAUCUUGACCCAUGUUGUGCAUAUUGUGGAGAAUGCCGGCCGAUCAAGUCGAGACAAGGGGGGUGAAGAGAGGGGAAUGACAAUGAAGCUUGUCAUUGACUGCUCAGGGUUCGUUGCAGCUCCGUUCAAAAGCUAUGAGAAUCUCACUAAGCUCCACCAGACACUGAUGCUGCUGUAUCCCAAUGUUAUCGACACAAUUGCCGUGGUAAACUAUGGACGAGAGGCAAGAAUUGUUUGGAGCGGUAUCUGUGAUAUCCUGGAUGAUUCGCUACAGCAGAAAGUGAAGUUCUGCCCGGAAAAAGAGCUGGACGAGAACUUGGGUCCGUUGUCGUAUGAUGUCCUAAAUUGGCUGCAGAUGGAAAUUCACGCAAACAGCAAAGCUACGCUCGGGCCUGUGCAGCGCAACUUCUGGCUUCCUACGAAAGGUUCUUCUGAUCACGAUCCCCGUGGAUCUAAGACGUUUGUGACGGAGCUCAUUGAUCGUAAAUCUGAUUCAGAUGGUUUUGAAAAUCACCCUGGUAUUAUGUAUGGUUCCUAG